AUGGAACAGCCACAGCCAGAAGAUCAAGAAAGAGAAUAUUUAGGUGAAGAUGAACUUAGUAAUAUGUUGAGUGUUAAUUACACUGAUCCAGCAUUAUGGGGAAGAUUAAGCGAAGAUAAAAUUAUAGAUAUAAUGAAGAACAUAUCUAACGUAGAGGUAGAUAUUCAAGAAUUAGACUUUUCUGCAUCUAAAGUGGUCUACAAAUCACAGAGCAAAUAUGCUACAAAAAUGAUAUUUUAUAGACGUUUACAAAACGGAAAACAACAAAAAAGAAACUGGCUUUUAUACUCAAAUACUUCAGGAAAAGUAUAUUGCAUCCCUUGCAAACUGUUUGGUAGUGCCAAUAAUCCAUUUAGUGCAGGUUUUAACGAUUGGAAACACAGUGAAAAAAUUUCGGACCGAAUUUCGAAUUUCGAAAUGAAAAUUCAGCCCUUCAUAAAGAAAACACCCGUAUAA